GAGCUUUCAGGUGUAUGUAUCCUGGAGGUCAAGGAGAUUAUGCAGGAUUUCCUGGUUGUGGUUUACUUAGAUUACAUAGCACCUACAGACAUGACCUCAAAAUAUAUGCCUCUGAUGAAGGACGGGUCCAGAUGACUGCAGCUGCUUUUGCAAAGGGGCUAUUAGCUCUAGAAGGAGAGCUUACACCCAUUCUUGUUCAGAUGGUGAAAAGUGCAAAUAUGAAUGGUCUUUUGGAUAGUGACAGUGACUCUCUGAGCAGUUGUCAGCAACGUGUGAAAGCAAGGCUUCAUGAAAUACUUCAGAAAGACAGAGAUUUUACUGCUGAAGAUUAUGAAAAG